AAAUUUAAAAGUUUCCGGGCUGUGGCUUCAGUUCACCACGCAAGACCAGAAAGUCCAUGGCUCCGAAGGCCUUCCCUUUCAGUAAACUUGCCCUCUUAUUUUCUGCUUUUCUGGAUAAUUUUAGGGACACCAGAAGAAAUCUUGGCAAUCACUGGUCUCCAAGAUCCCCAUUUGAGUUUCAAAACUUAGAGUUUCUUGGCCAGAGACCCCACCUGGAGAACCAGGUUUUGGUCUUCCAUGCAGAAACAGUUCUACUCAGAUCAUCCUCUCUAUUUCCUUACUUCAUGCUGGUGGCGUUCGAAGCCGGCAGCCUGAUCAGGGCUCUUAUCCUUUUUGUUCUUUAUCCCUUUAUCUGUCUUUGCCACCAAGAUUUAGCGUUAGAAGUUAUGGUAUUCAUCUGCUUUCUCGGGCUGAAGAAAGAGAGAUUCACAGAGGGAAGAGCUGUUCUGCCCAAGUUUUUCCUGGAGGAUGUCGGCAGGGAGAGCUUUGAGGUCCUGAGGAGAGGCAAGUUAAUUGUAGCCAUCAGCGAUUUGCCUCAGGUCAUGGUAGAGAGCUUCUUGAAAGAUUUCUUGGACGUAGAUUUUGUUGUUGGUAGAGAUUUGAAAGCCUGUCGUGGGUACUUUGUGGGACUGAUGGAAGAAAGGAGGGAUUAUAAUGCAUUUCAAGUUGUGAAACUGAGUCCUCAUGUCAUUGGAGUUGGCUGCUUCAGGAAGUGUUUUGAACAUGAAUGGUUUUCCAAUUGCAAGGAGAUUUAUUUGGUAGAUGAACAAGAAAGAAGGAAUUGGCAUCAGCUACCAAGAGAUUUAUACCCCAAGCCCCUCAUUUUCCAUGAUGGAAGAUUGGCUUUUAGGCCAACUUUCUGGGCUACACUAGCCAUGUUCAUGUGGCUCCCCAUGGGAUUCACUCUCGGCAUCAUUAGGACUAUUGUUGUACUGUCGUCGUUGCCCUUUGAGAUUAAGUUUCCGAUCUUGCACCUCACCGGUGUACGGAUAAAGAUUUCCAAUUCAGAAUUAGCAACGAUGAGCAAUGUCAAUGGAGCCUUAUAUGUGUGUAAUCAUAGAACGUUGUUCGAUCCCUUGAUGCUCUCAUCCUGUCUGAGGACUCCUUUAACUGCAGUUGUGUAUAGCCUAAGUCGAGUAUCAGAAAUUCUUUCACCAAUAAAAACGGUCCGAUUGACGAGGAACAGGGGGCAAGAUGCUGAGUUGAUGAGCAAGGUGUUGAGUCAAGGCAACCUCGUUGUUUGUCCAGAGGGCACAACAUGCAGGGAACCUUAUCUACUUAGAUUCAGCCCUUUGUUCACGGAAAUAAGUGAUAACAUAUUUCCUGUCGCAAUUGAUUGUCAUGUUAGCAUGUUUUAUGGUACGACUGCCAGAGGGUUCAAGAGUCUGGAUCCUUUGUUCUUCAGCAUGAAUCCAAGAUCGACCUAUUCGGCCCGUUUCCUAAACAUGGUACAUCGUGGGGCCGGAGAUGAGAAUGGGGAUGAUGCCAGAACAUCAAAUUACAAGAUGGCCAAUUUGGUGCAAAGCAUGAUAGCUGAAGAGUUGGGGUUCAGUUGCACAAAGCUUACAAGGAAGGAUAAGUACUUGAUCUUGGCAGCAAAUGAAGGGGUUGUUCGGAAAGGUGGUGAGUUAAAGACUGAGACAGAGACCAAAAUGAAAUGACAUUUGAGAACGGUAAGAAGCAAUGUGAUGAUAAAGUUUGAGUCAAGGCGUCAAACUUAAGGGAUCAAAAUUUAGUUAAUGACAAAUUUAAGGGGCCAAAAGUGAAUUUAUCUUGAAUAAAAUUGCGUAUAUAAAAUUACGAAUUCCAUAUAAAUAAUAAAUUAAACAGAAUAAUACAGUUUCAUGAGAGCCCAUAUCCUUGUAAUUAAUGGCAUUUGAUAACUUUA